CUUCAAUUUUCUUUGGGUAAUCACGUGAGCAGAUUCCCCCCCCACGUUCCAGUACUGUGACUCGAACCCAUGUUUUCCCCGCAUGGCACCAGUCGAAGUGCGUCCACCAGCGAUUCGAGAAGACCCAAGGUACCACUACAGACAACCUGCACCUUGGCCACGAUCUUUUGCCCUUUGAAAGUGUUGUGAUACCGGAAAGCACACACGGAACAACAUGGCGGCCGUGUGUAUUUUCUGCAAGAUCGUGAAAGGCGACAUUCCGUGCUUCAAAUUGUUCGAGUCUGACAAGGUGCUGGCGUUCCUCGACAUCCAACCCUUGAGCAAAGGUCACGCGCUGGUCAUCCCGAAAGAGCACGGCGAGAAGCUCGUCGACAUCUCGGACGACGCCCUAUCGGAGAUUCUGCCCGUGGUCAAGAAACUGGCCGCUGCCAGCGGGGCCGAGAACUACAACGUCCUACAGAACAAUGGCCGCCUCGCGCACCAGGAGGUCGGGCACGUUCAUUUCCAUAUGAUUCCCAAGCCUAAUGCCACCGAAGGUCUGGGCAUCGGGUGGCCGGCGAGUCCAACGGACAUGGAUGCCUUGAAGAAGCUGCAUGCGGAGCUGAAGUCCAAGAUGUAGGAGGGGAUUGACUUUACUUUCAAGUUGUACAUGAGAAGAACGACGCUGAGAGUCAACUGGAACUUGCAUCUCGCUUCAUAACAAUAGAGAGGGGAAACCAUAUUUAUGAACCUGUGUUGCAGCUGUUCCAUUGCGUACCGUGGACUUCUGUGCCUAUUCGUCCAAUUGCACUCCCGGGGUUUGCCAGUCGUCUAUAGUGUACAUCUCAGCUGGUGAGAGCGCUUCGAGUGGAAACUACCACAAGCCCGCCGAUGUUGUGGGAUCCAACAGUGUAUAUUGUCCCUGGAAACAUGCCAUUGCACACCAUCCGCAGAACAAAUUUACUCAUGACAACGGCAUUUCGAAUGGGCAGAUAACAGUCCUUCGGAAGCUUAUUUCAUCGUACUAGUACAACAGACGUAUACGUCUUCAGAGUGCUCUUCUCAUCACCGGGCCAAGUCAAUGAAUCACAUUCC